AUGCCCUCCCAAGAGUUCACCCAAAUCCCCGUAAUCGACAUCUCAUCCCCCACUCCUCAAACGCUCUCUAAUCUCCGCACCGCCCUCACAGAAAUCGGCUUCCUCUACAUCUCCAAUCACUCCGUCCCCACCUCCACAAUAACAUCCCUCAUCAACAUCCUCCCAGAACUCUUUUCCCUCCCCCCAGAAGCAAAACAAGAAAUCGCUCUAGAAAACUCCCCGCAUUUUCUAGGAUACAGCGCUGCCGGGACGGAAACUACAGCUGGGAAAGCUGAUCUGAGAGAACAAGUUGAGCUUGCGACGGAACUUGAGAGAGCGCCUGAUGGUGCGCCGCUGUAUGAUGGGUUGAGGGGGCCGAAUCAAUGGCCGUCUGGGCUUCCGGAGUUGAAGGGUGUUGUUACGCGAUAUAUUGAGGAACUCACACUACUAGGGGAACGAUUUCUUCGACUUGUUGCCCAAGCUCUUGAUCUUCCGAAAGAGAUCUUCUUCUCAUACCUUUCUGAUCAACAUCGUCUUAAAUUGGUUCACUACCCAGCUUCAACAACCUCAUCCCAAGGCGUCGGUCCUCACAAAGAUUCCUCAGGAUGGUGGACCUUCCUCCUCCAAGCAUCCCCCCAAGUACACGGCCUUCAAGUCCUCAACAAAUCCGGCUCAUGGAUCGACGUCCCCGCCAUCCCGGACACUUUCGUCGUCAACAUCGGCCAAGCGUUUGAAGUCGUGACUAACGGGAUAUGCAAAGCGACGACGCAUCGUGUACUGUCCUCCCCAAAGGAAAGGUUCAGCGUUCCGUUCUUUCAAGGUGUGCGACGCGAUUUAACGAGACGUGAGGCAAUGACUUCGUUGAAGGAGCAUUUUGAGCGGUGGGGAACCGGUGAGGAGGCGGAUGAGGCGGGGAUGGUGGAUAAUCCGUUUGUGAGGGGGUUGUAUGAUACUUGGGGGGAGACGCAGUUGAGGACGAAAGUUAGGAGUCAUAGGGAGAUUGGGAGGAGGUUUUAUGGGGAGGUUUAUGAGAGGUAUAUUGAAGAUUCGUGA